AUGUGGCUCAAGAGCGUUGUUUUAUCGACGGUCCUCGUUGCGGUGAAGGGUUCUACUGUGUUUGAGAACGGUCCAAGGAUUGCCGGAUACUUCAGUAUGAAAGAACCAACUCUUUACUCCUAUUUGCGCAAGGCUAACACUUCACCUCAAGAUGGGGGCUCUUUGUCAACCUAUUGUUCACAAAACACUACCGAUAUUAUCCCGUUGGCAUUCAUCCAAUCACUAAGCAGCGAACCCGUAGCUGCUUGGGGAGGAGACUUUACGGCGGAGGAGGUAAAGGGAUGCCAGGAUCAGGGUAAGACAAUCAUGGUCUCUCUCGGGGGAUCGCUUUACAUGGAGGGUGGUUGGUCAACUGUCGCAGAGGCACAGGCGAGUGCUCAAAAGCUCUACGCAGCAUAUGGACCAAGUGGAAAAACGCUAGCAACAAACGGGUUUGAUUUCGACUUCGAGGUUCCUAUGUCCAACCUAGUCGCAUUCACUAAGGAGAUCAUUGACCUCCGGAAAAAAGAUGGCAAGGAUGGACAAUUUUUCCUGACAGCAGCACCGGGCUGCUGGUACCCUGACCCAAACAUGGGCUCCGUUUUGACUCCGCAUCUUGACUGGUUCGAUGCAAUUUUCGUGCAAUUCUAUGGUGCUCCAGGUUGUGGGAUUCCCGCUGGGUAUCAAAAACGAUCCACCAAGCUGAACAGUCGAUCGAAAAUCAUGAAGCGUUCUUUCAAUCUGGAAACCUGGCUUUUGUUGGCUUCCGAGUCGAUUACUACCCAGCAGAUUGAUGACAGUAACCAGGUGACUCCAGCUGGAUUGGCCUUGAGUGGCCAGGGAAACGGCACAACCAAGAUUUUUGUUGGUGUUCCUGGUAGCCAGGCAGGAACAGUCUCACCUAACCAAGGCUAUGUCGAUGCACCAACUCUCCUUACUGCUCUUUCGCCUUACCUGAAGAAUAAAAACUUUGGAGGUGUCUCCAUCUGGACUAUCCAGCUUGCCGUGGAGAACUCUGGGUUUUUGGGUCUGCUUAGAAAGGGUCUGGCUCGUUGA